AUGGGCUACGGGGAUAGAAACAGUAAAAGUAGGCGUCCUGCCUUUUUAAGGUUGCUGGUUUUCUGCUUCCAUGACCCUGCGAGCUUUGAUGAUGAGGCCAGGUCUGCAAAAAACACAGAACCACCCUUCAGGCCAGAGGAGGCAAUGGUGGGAGCAGCUAGGCAUUUCUCAGCUGCUCAUAAAGUUCGAUUUGUAUAUCAAUUGUCUGAGAUUGACCUUUCAAGAACUAAUGGUGAGCCUGAGCGUAGGUCUUCAGGCAUAUCCUUCAGGCCAGAGGAGGCAAUGGUAGCAGCAGCUAGGCAUUUUUCAGCUGCUCAUAAGAAAAAGUGUCAAAAUUAUCGAGAAAGUGUAGUAAUGGUGAAAUCAGCAAAGUCUCAGCUCGACGAUGAAGACGAGGCUGAAGACUACGACUCGUCGUCCUAUAGAGGGGACGUAGUGAAAGCAGAGAGUAAAAGCAGUGAGCUGAAGACGAAUGCGAACCGGUCCAAGCAUUCCGAGACGGAGCAGCGUAGAAGGAGCAAGAUUAACGAGAGGCAAAUUUUCUUAUUUUUGUUUCAGGCUUUGAGAGAUCUUAUUCCUCAAAAUGAUCAGAAAAGAGAUAAAGCUUCGUUCUUGUUAGAGGUUAUAGAGUACAUCCAGUUUUUACAGGAAAAGUUACAAAUGUACGAGGGAUCUUAUGAAGGCCUAAGAGUGUUUUGGACCUUGGAUAAUUUGGGGUUUGGUGCACUGUGUAUAACUUGCACACUGGCAUUUGAGCACGUGAAUUGUAAUCAUGACCUCUUUAUAUUUGAUGUUGGGUAUAUUGUUCCCUAUAUUGUUCUCCCUUCAAAAUGGUUUUUGUUUUCUUUGAAACAGAAGAAUUAUCGUGCUUCUGCCGAAAGCAUACUGGAUCACACACAAGCUGUGAAGAAUGGUUCUGCGCAUGAGAAUACUGUAAUGCUUGCAAAUGUACAUAACUCAGUAGAAUCUGACAUGGGCGUUGCUGCAAUGUAUAAAGCAUUGGAUGAUCCCCCUGGAUCCACCAACCCAGCAAUUCCUUUUGAUGUGCAAACACCAUUGAAUGUAUUGGCUGCUGUUGGGAGGGGUGGUGUGCCUACACAGUCUUUACAGGAAUCUGUUUCUGAUGCUGAGAACAUGGCUCACCAGCUUCAAUCCCAACUAUUGCAUGGUCGACCAUGCCCCCCUGAGUGUACUACUCCAAACAAUACACUGAAUGGACAGGAGAACAUGGAGAGUGAUAGUCGAUCAGUUAAUCUCUCAAAUGCCUAUUCUCAACGGUGA